UCUCUCUCUCUCUCUCUCUCCGAUUUCAAAACCCUCCCCCCAUUGAUUCCGCUUCGCCCCCAAACUCCACACUUAGCCAGCUGCUAUGGCUCCGGAGGACGCCAUGGUCGCCGGAGCUGAGAAGCGCCCCGUCUCCUCCGUCCUCCUCGUCAUCGCUAUGCAGACGGAGGCGCUUCCGGUGGUGCAGAAGUUGAGUCUCACUGAGGUAGCUGACUCCGGGUUUCCGAAGGGAGUUCCGUGGGUUCGGUAUCAUGGAUUUUACAAAGAUCUUGAAAUUAAUCUAGUGUGGCCUGGGAAGGAUCAAACGUUGGGGGUUGAUUCAGUAGGCACGGUUCCUGCAUCCCUUGUUACCUAUGCUGCUAUUCAAGCAUUACAGCCAGACCUAAUUAUCAAUGCAGGGACUGCUGGUGGCUUUAAGGAGAAAGGAGCCUGCAUUGGUGAUGUGUAUCUCGCAACUGAUGUUGCUUACCAUGAUAGAAGGAUACCUAUUCCUGUUUUUGAUCUAUAUGGAGUUGGCUGUCGACUGGCCUGCUCAACACCAAGUCUUCAAAAGGAACUUGACCUCAAGGUUGGCAAGCUGUCUACUGGGAACUCUUUGGAUAUGUCUCCACAGGAUGAAUCAUCAAUCAUUGCAAAUGAUGCUACAGUUAAAGACAUGGAGGGUGCAGCUGUUGCCUACGUGGCAGAUCUACUGAAAGUCCCAGCAAUAUUUGUUAAAGCUGUGACUGAUAUAAUCGAUGGUGAAAAACCAAGUGCAGAAGAAUUCAUGCAAAACUUGAUUGCAGUAACUGCUGCACUUGAGCAGGGGAUCACCAAAGUUAUUGAUUUUAUUAAUGGAAAGUGCCUCUGUGAUCUUUGAAUCAUUGAUUCACACUUAUGCGUUGUGUACUGAAAACUGCCCCUUGCACGUCAAGUUCACUAGUUAGAUCUGCAGUUUCUGAAGGGUUAUUGUUAUAUUCCAAAUUGCAGUAGCAAAGGUUCAUAGUUUCUGUAAACUUUCUGUAAAAUAUAUAAUGGUAAGUUUAUUACUAGUUUGCUUUCA